AUUGUAAUUUAUCGUAUCAUCUCUAAUAGAUAACCUGAGCUAUAUUUUAAACAAAUAAUAUUAGAUUUAAUACAUUUCAACAAAUAUUAUAUUUUAAAAAGGAAUAAAAGCUCAUAAUAUUAGAAACAACUAUUAAAUUAAUUCGUUAUUUAGUUUUGUAAUUUCAAAGAACCUAACAUGUCAAAACCACACAAGAGAGCUGCUAACUCAAGCUCUGAAGAGUUGGACAGUGAGGAAGAAGACCGUUUGAAAGAUCUGAAAGAACGUGAUGAAUUUGCUGAGCGACUGAAGAAACGUGAUGAGGGCAAAGUGCGAAAGGUAUUGGAAUCCAGUGCUAGCCGGAAAGCUAUCGAAGAAGCUGCCAAACGUUUGAAGCUUGAACAUGAAGAUCGGGAUAAAAUUCUGCCACAACUACGUGUACAAUCCCGUCGAAAGUACCUGGAGAAGCGUAAGGAGGAUAAAGUGGCCGAACUUGAGGCAGAUAUUUUGGAUGACGAAUAUUUGUUUGAUGACAAAAUCUUGACUGCAAGAGAACGAGAGGAAAGGGAAUACAAGAAGCAGUUGUUACAAAUAGCAAAAGAACAUGAAAAGGCGCGUGAACUGGAGCGCAUUCAGCGAUAUCGAAUACCACAAAACUUAAAAAAGGGUGAAAAAGAGGAAUAUGUUGAAGUUGAUGAGUUGGAAAAACAACCCAAUUCGGAACAGAAAAAAUGGGAAGCUGAACAGUUAGCAUCCGCGCGUUUCCAAUUCGGUUCCAAAGAUGCAAAAUCGAAAGAGGAAUAUGAACUUUUACUGGAAGAUCAAAUUGAGUUCAUACAAGCGCUCACAAUGGAUGGUUCCAAAGAAGAUUCUUCAAAAAAACCAGAAAUUUCUGAGGCAGAACGAAAGCGUAUGACAAUAGAAGAAACACAAAAAUCCUUACCAGUCUAUCCAUUUAAAGAUGAUUUAAUAGAAGCUGUGAAAGAGCAUCAGAUUCUAAUUAUAGAGGGAGAAACUGGUUCCGGCAAAACAACGCAAAUUCCACAGUACUUGGUCGAAGCGGGCUUUACCAAGGACAACAAGAAAAUUGGUUGCACGCAGCCUAGACGUGUUGCCGCUAUGUCUGUCGCAGCACGUGUUGCUGAAGAAAUGGGUGUAAAAUUAGGAAAUGAAGUUGGCUAUAGCAUUCGUUUCGAAGAUUGCACUUCAGAACGUACUGUAUUAAAGUACAUGACUGAUGGUACUUUACACAGAGAGUUCUUAUCAGAACCGGAUCUGGCGUCUUACAGUGUAAUGAUUAUUGACGAAGCCCACGAACGUACUUUGCAUACAGAUAUAUUGUUCGGACUUGUAAAGGAUAUAGCACGCUUUCGACCAGAACUGAAGCUACUUAUAUCCAGCGCAACAUUAGAUGCUGAUAAAUUUUCAAAAUUUUUCGACGAUGCGCCGAUAUUUCGUAUACCAGGACGUCGUUAUCCGGUGGAUAUAUUUUAUACGAAAGCCCCAGAAGCCGAUUACAUUGAUGCAUGUUGCGUCUCAGUUCUACAAAUACAUGCUACACAGCCUCUUGGUGAUAUAUUGGUAUUUCUGACGGGGCAAGAUGAGAUAGAAACAUGUCAGGAAGUUUUACAGGACCGUGUUAAACGACUGGGUUCGAAGAUACGUGAACUUGUUAUCAUACCGGUUUAUGCAAAUUUGCCAAGUGACAUGCAGGCCAAGAUUUUCGAACCUACACCACCCAAUGCCAGAAAGGUUGUAUUGGCAACAAAUAUAGCGGAGACUUCGCUAACAAUUGACAAUAUAAUUUACGUAAUAGACCCUGGUUUCGCCAAGCAAAACAAUUUCAAUUCUCGAACUGGCAUGGAAUCUUUAAUGGUUGUGCCAAUAUCAAAGGCCUCAGCGAAUCAACGAGCCGGUCGUGCUGGACGUACAGCACCAGGAAAGUGCUUCCGGCUUUAUACUGCUUGGGCAUAUAAACAUGAGCUAGAGGAUAACACUGUACCUGAGAUACAGCGGAUUAAUCUUGGCAAUGCCGUGCUUAUGCUGAAAGCACUCGGUAUAAAUGAUCUCAUACACUUUGACUUCUUAGAUCCGCCACCACACGAAACGCUUGUGCUGGCUUUGGAACAGCUUUAUGCAUUGGGUGCGUUAAAUCAUCAUGGGGAAUUGACAAAGUUGGGUAGACGCAUGGCAGAGUUUCCAGUUGAUCCCAUGAUGGGCAAGAUGCUAUUAGCAAGUGAAAAGUACAAAUGCUCCGAAGAACUGGUAUCUAUUGCAGCGAUGCUUUCAGUGAAUAGUGCAAUAUUCUACCGACCAAAAGAUAAAAUUAUACAUGCGGAUACAGCUAGAAAGAAUUUCAACCACAUGCACGGUGAUCAUUUGAGUUUGCUGCAGGUUUACAAUCAGUGGCUUGAUACCGAUUAUAGCACGCAGUGGUGUUAUGAGAACUUUAUACAGUACAGAUCUAUGAAAAGAGCACGUGAUGUGCGUGAGCAACUGGUAGGUUUGAUGCAACGCGUAGAAAUCGAUAUGGUCUCAUGCAUGCCUGAAACAAUGAAUGUAAGAAAGGCCGUUACAGCUGGAUAUUUUUAUCAUGUUGCAAAAUUAUCGAAAAGUGGAAAUUAUAAAACUAUUAAACACAAUCAAACGGUGCUGAUUCAUCCCAACUCAUCGCUUUUUGAAGAGCUGCCUAGAUGGGUACUAUACCAUGAACUCGUAUUUACCACCAAGGAGUAUAUGCGUCAAGUGAUCGAAAUUGAUAGCAAGUGGCUGUUAGAAGUGGCGCCACACUACUAUAAAGCUAAAGAACUUGAAGAUUCUACUAAUAAAAAAAUGCCAAAAGUCACAGGACGUGCGGUGAUGACUUGAGACUCUACGGGUUAACCUACCUUAAGCUGCUUCGACUGCAUUGCCUUUCAUUUUUAAAUAAAACUUAUUUAAAGACUUUGGUGAUCGUGUCAUACAUGAUCGGCUCGAAAUGUAUUUGUAUAUAGCAUGAUGACAUUUCAAACAUCCAGAUAUAUUUACUAUGUACAUAAAUAAAAAAUGAUCUAUUUAAUACAUA